GUGACCCAUCCCUCUCCCUCCCCCGUGGUGUAACUCAAACCCCUGGCCGCUGAGGUCUGCACCAGGCCAGGCUGCCCGGCGCGGGCAGAUCAGUUUCCUCCGGCUCCUUUCUGGGUGGGAAGUCCAGGCCUCCUGGAGGCCGAGGGCUCUAGCAACCAGGGCUGCACUGCAGGCACUGCUUCUCGGCCGGGCUUGGCACCAGGUGGCUCGGGGCUCCAGGUGGGGCCCCCUCCACCUGCUGGGCUUGCUUCCCCCUUGGGGGUCAGAGGCUGCCUGUGGCCUGUCCCCAAGGCCCCACGUAUGUGCUUCCCUCACCCUCCUGAGCCUGGAGCCAGGCCUCUUGGGAAGAUGUCUCCCUUAUUCUGCCUCUGCCCCUCCUGUCAUCUCAUCCGAAUCCUUCUUACGCCUCCAUCCUGUCUGCUGGCCGGAGACCUUUCUCCAGAGGGGGCCACACUCCUGGGCCAGGGGGCUCAGCCAGCCCCCCCCCCCGCCUGCCUACUCUGUGCCUUAUUUAGGUUCAGGGCACUUUGCUCCAGCGGGCAGGGGGACCCUCAAGCUUCUCUGCUGGUUGUUGGGCCCCCUGGGACACGAGCGCCCCAAGGAAGGGACAGUGUCUGAUUGUUUAUCGCCUUUUAUGUGCUGAGGGCAGUGCCCGGUGCUUGAGAGGGGACAGAAAGUGCUGUGACACCCCCACCCACCCCCAGAGGUCUGCCUACAGCCCAAGAGAUGCGGUCAGGCACACCACAGACCUCUGGGAAGCCUGCUGUGGACAUGGGACACCUGGGAGCACCAGGACUGAGGGCAUCGGGGGAGCUUUGGGUGCCAGACCCCGCUCUGGGGACAUGGGAGUCCAGAGGAGUUUCCAGAAAGAGGCCUUGGUGUGGGGCUUGGAGUUGUGAGACAGAAGGCCUUCCUGGGAGCAGAAGCAGCAGGAGCCAAGGCAGGGAAGCAGCAGAGGCGGCCAGGCGCGUGGCCCCAAGUUCUGAGAGGCAGGAGCCUGAGAGCUGGGGCGAGAGCAGAGAGGCUGGGCUGGGGCACUGCCAGCCUCCCUCCUGCUCCUGGCCGAAGCUGUAGGCUUCCUUCCUCCCAUGCUCCCCCGCCUGGGCCCUCGGGCAGCAGGCUGUUUAUGGAAGAGGCAGGAAGCCCUUCCUCCUCUGGGAAGCCCCCCAGGCCUGUGCUGCCCUGGGAGGCUGGCCCCAGACAGGGCGCCCCCUCCUCUGCGCAGGGCUUCGGGGGCUGUGGGGGGCUGGCCCCAGACAGGGUGCCCCCUCCUCUGCACAGGGCUGCAGGGGCUGGGAUGGCGAAUGUGCCCGGAGCGCGGCAGCACCUGCCCAGCAACGCCUUUCCACUGUCCUGUCCAGCCCUGUCUUGGAAGCAGCGCUGGGAGGAAGGCAGCUGUCCAUCUGUCCGUCUCCGGCUGAGCCUCCCCUCCAUCUGCCCCAGGCGGGCGGGGCCUGAGGAUGAAGCUGAGCCCCUGGCACUGGCCUCUGUCCUGCCUCCUUGUGCGUGUCCUGCCCUGUUCUUCCAGCUGCUGCCCUGGCCUCUGGCCACUCCAACGUCAACACCCCCCUGGCAGUGCCCACCCGGGGAGGAGCCCAAGCUGGACCCAGGGCAGGGCACAUUCUGCAGGUCCUGCUCCCCAGGCACCUUCUCAGCCUCCUGGGGCUCUAGCCCGUGCCAGCCCCACGCCCGCUGCAGCCCUCGAGGGAGGUUGGAGGCCCAGGCGGGCACGGCCACUCGAGACACACUAUGUGGAAACUGCCAGCCUGGGUGGUUUGCCCCUUCCCAGGUCCCGGGUGUUCCCUGUCAGCCGUGCUCCUGGACGCCUCUGGGUCCUCGGGGCUGUUAUGAGCGUGGGCAGCGCACCCGACGUGGCGUGGAGGUGGCAGCAGGGGCCAGCGGCGCAGGGGAGACGCGGCAGCCCGGGAACGGCACUCGGGCCAGCAGUGCCGAGGAGACGGCGGCCCAGUACGCGGUCAUUGCCAUCGUGCCCGUCUUCUGCCUCAUGGGGCUGCUGGGCAUCCUGGUGUGUAACCUGCUCAAGCGGAAGGGCUACCACUGCACCGCCCACAAGGAGGUGGAGCCUGGCCCCGGAGGCGGUGGAGGCAGCGGGAUCAACCCUGCCUACCGGGCCGAGGAUGCCAACGAGGACACCAUCGGGGUCCUGGUGCGCCUGAUCACAGAGAAGAAAGAGAACGCGGCGGCCCUGGAGGAGCUGCUGAAGGAGUAUCACUGCAAGCAGCUGGUGCAGACCAGCCACGGGCCUCUGCCCAGACCGGCUCCCCGCCCGGCCAGCAUGCCGCACAUCUGCUCAUACCGCCACCACCUCCACACGGUUCAGGGGCUGGCCUCGCAGCCCGGCCCCUGCUGCUCCCGCUGUAGUCAGAAGAAGUGGCCUGAGGUGCUGCUGUCCCCGGAGGCCGCAGCUGCCACUACUCCUGCUCCCAGGCUCCUGCCCAACCCAACCAGGGCGGCCAAGGCAGGUCGCCAGGGCGAGGUCACCAUCUUGUCUGUGGGCAGGUUCCGAGUGGCUCGAAUUCCUGAGCAGCGGACGAGUUCCGGGGCCUCGGAGGUGAGGACUGUCACAGAGGGCGCGCCCUCAGGGGCUGAGCUCCCCGACUCCCCCCAGCCUGGCCUCCCCAGUGAGCAGCGGGCACUGCUGGCCGGUGGUGGAAGCCACGCCAGGUGGCUGCAGCCGCCAGCAGAGAACAAGGCCGAGGAGAACCGCUAUGUGGUCCGGCUAAGCGAGAGCACCCUGGUCAUCUGAGGGGCCGACUCAUCCGAGGACAUUGCAGCCCUGCCUUGGAGGGCUCUGAGGGCUUCCUGGAGGAGGCAGAACUGCAGCUGGGCCGGGGACACGCAAGAAGCAAUGGCCCAGCAGAUGCAAGAGCCGAGCCCAGGCCUAGAGGUGGGCGCGUCCACCCCAGCGGGCAGGCGGGCAGGCGGGCGGCGCCGUGUGCAGGAGCAGGUUGAGCCCCUCCCUGUCCCUGCCGCCCAUUUCUUCCCUGCAGGCUGUCCCUGACCCCGUGCCCAGCCCUGGCCAGAUCCCAGGGGCCCACAGCAUCCGCUGCCCCGCCAGGUGGGGGAGGGGCCCUCUCCCUGGCACCCUGGCCCUGACCUUGGUAAUUGGCACCCUUGCCCCUGUAGACGGCCCCUCCCUCCUCUGCUGACAGGUCCUGCAAAGGGAGGGGUCGAUAAAAAGCCAUGGGUUUAAUCCCGGGCCCGUCCCUGGCCAUCCCCGGGUCCCAACCUUUCUGACUGUGAAGCGGGGACAGUGACGUCUCCGUCCUCAGGGCCUUCCCGCAUCUCGCAGGCCCUGGGCUGCGUCGGGUGCGAGGAGGGCGGACUCCCUGCCACCCUCCCAGUAGUAGCUUUAUCUGGCCCCGUUCCUGCUGCUUCAGGGCCUCCACCGCCGAGGCUCCCGUGGGGCUGCCCGCCCGUGGCUCUGCCUACAGAAGGGGCUUAGUGCAUGUGCCUGCCCCAGCCCUGCUGUUUUCAUUGGAACUGAGAAAGCAGCCUUGACCCUGCCCCGUGGUGCAGGGCCCCAGCCUGCUCAGCGCCCCUCAGAGGGCAGGAGCUCCUCUGGAGAGGGAUGUGUGACAGGGCUAGAGAGGGGGCUCUGGCUGCAGUGGUUUCUAGGUCCCUCUGGUGUCGGUGUGUCUGUCUCCUGGCCUGGACAGUGCGGGCAACUGCCCAGCCCCGUCUCCUCUGGCUCAGCGACCGCAUUAUUUAUGUGGGGCCGUGCGGGCACGGGCCCGCCGCCAUCCGUUUCUCUUAUUUAUUGAACCUUGGCUCUUGCCCUGCCCCCGUCCCGUCUGUUGAGUAAUAAAAGGUGGGAAAGUUGUGUCAUGAGGAGCUUCUUUUUCCUGUGCCUCUUCCCAGGUCUGGCUGUUCCCUAAACAGCCCCGGUUGGCCCCGUGCGUGGGUCAUGCCUGGCAGGUGCGCACAGGGCAGUGGGGGAAGGGGGCCCUCAGCGGAGGCCCGAGAGGCAGUGCUGUCCAGUGGAAGCAGCGUGUGUGCGUGUGUGUAUCUCUAAGAGCCACAUUUUUUUUUAAGUAAUAAGAGAAAGGGGAACUUAUUUUUUUAAAUGAUGUCAAUAAUGUACCUUAUUUAAAUAGUAUAUCUAGUUUCAUGUCAAUAUAAAAAGGAACCAUUACCUUUUGCUUUGAGAUGCACCACGUAUUUCACACUUUCUUCUUAAUACCAAGGAGCGUAUUUCAAGGGCCCGAGAGCCACACGGGGCCAGCGGCCCCUCCACUGGACAGCACAGCUCUAGGGAAGUGGGCCUGGCGGACGGAGGGGGUGAGGAGGGCAUGUCGAGGGCUGGAGACUGGGGGGAGGCGUGUCCCACAGGGAGGGAACAGCGUGCACACCACGGGUCAAAGCUGGCGCAGCUGGCAGUGCAGCGUGCCUGGGGUCUGAAGACCAGGGUGGGCGGGCAGCGGAAGGCAGCCGCGGGGCUCUUGGCAGCCUCCCGUCUGUGGGCUGUGACAGAGCCCCGCAGCGCCCCCGCCCCCGCCCGAGGUUUCUGCUGCCACAAGCGAGGGAGAAGGAGAGCUUCAUGUCAGGUGAGGACAGGAUAGGAAACGGGAAGGGGCCACAGGGGCCCAGGCCUGGUCUGGUGCAAAGGGCUGGAGAGGCAGGAGUCCUGCGCGUUCAUUACAGCCCGAGUGUGAGCCAGGUCACUCGACCUCUUUGGGCCUCGGUGUUUUCUCUGAUUGAAGAAGCUGAAUACCUGGAGGCUGAGAGCACAGACUGCAGGGGACAGGCCCUAGGAGGGAAGGUGCCCUGAUAACCAGGGAGAGAAAAGCCCAGGCCUGGACGAGGGCAGUGGCUUUGCCUAGAAGGGAGACAAGAGAGGUUUAGGAUGGAAAACUGCCAGCACUUGACCACGGGGGUGGGGCGCGUAUGACCUCCCUCCGCAGUCCUCUGUGGCUACAAACUGCUAAGCCCACUCUUGUCUCCGCAGCUCUGAAACCUUGGCCAAGGCACUGCCCCUCCAAGGACAGAGCUGACCACAGGGCUCCCCGCCCCCCUCUGUGAGGCCUGAGUUACCAGCGUAAAGCACAGCGCUGGCCCCACGGUGGGCACUCAGUGGAUGUCAGCCUCCGGCAAUCGCGGCUCCCUGCGCCCCCGCAUCACACACCUUAGUCCAGCUGCUGCCGGCCGCUUCCCAGGCCCGCCCCGCAGAUGCCGCCUGGUGUUACCUGACUGGUGAGAACAAGUUUAGAAUCAACAUGGGGAGAAGCCCAGGAGACUCACUGACUCAGGAGGUGUCCCCCUGCCCCAAGAAUCACCAGUCUGGUCACCCCAGACUUUUUUUUGGAAACUUUUUUUUAAUAGUUACUGGAUGUUCUACAGCUUACAGUAAAUAUCAUAGUUACAAAUUCUUGGCUUCAAUCUUUCAGAGUGAUCACUAUCUGAUCUUCAAAACAAAAC